AUGCCAUCUGUGGCUACUCUUGCUCCAAGCUCUGCCGCCAAUGGCAGCGGCAAGCAGCUCAAUGUCAACGAUAACAUUGCCCGCUUCUCCGCUCCGUCUCGUCCGAGGUCACCACCAGCAGAGCAUACUCUGUUCCAUCCUAAGACGAGAGCAUUCGUCUAUGGUAUGCAAACCAAGGCUGUCCAAGGUAUGCUCGACUUCGACUACAUCAACAACCGAACCACUCCUUCCGUAGCUGCCAUUAUCUACCCAUUCGGUGGUCAGUUCGUCUCCAAGAUGUACUGGGGAACCAGCGAGACCCUGCUGCCCGUUUACCAAUCCACCGAGAAGGCCAUUGCCAAGCACCCAGAAGUCGACACCGUCGUCAACUUCGCCAGCAGCAGAAGUGUCUAUUCUUCCACUUUGGAAUUGAUGGAGUUCCCACAGAUUAAAUGUAUUGCUAUCAUUGCAGAGGGUGUUCCAGAGAGAAGAGCACGAGAGAUCCUACACAUUGCUAAGAAGAAGGGCGUCACAAUCAUCGGCCCCGCCACAGUCGGUGGUAUCAAACCCGGCUGCUUCAAGAUUGGUAACACUGGUGGUAUGAUGGACAACAUUGUCGCAUCCAAGCUCUACCGCAAGGGAUCCGUCGGUUACGUCUCCAAGUCCGGUGGUAUGUCUAACGAGCUCAACAAUAUCGUCUCUCAAACCACAAACGGUGUUUGCGAGGGUGUUGCCAUUGGUGGUGACAGGUACCCCGGAACCACCUUCAUCGACCAUAUGCUCCGUUACCAAGCCGAUCCAGACUGCAAGAUCCUCCUGCUACUUGGUGAAGUUGGUGGUGUAGAAGAAUACCGCGUCAUUGACGCUGUCAACGACGGUCAGAUCACCAAGCCAAUUGUCGCUUGGGCUAUCGGUACUUGUGCAGAUGUUUUCACCACUGAAGUCCAAUUCGGUCACGCCGGAUCUCUUGCAAACUCCAAGAUGGAAACCGCAAAGGCUAAGAAUGAGGCCAUGAAAAAUGCUGGUUUCCACGUUCCAGAGACAUUCGAGAAGCUCCCAGAGCUCCUCAGCGAGGUUUACCAGAAGUUGGUUGCUGAUGGAACAAUUGUCCCUGAGAAGGAGCCAGCUCCCCCAAAGAUUCCAAUGGAUUACAGCUGGGCCCAGGAGCUCGGUCUUAUCCGAAAACCUGCCGCUUUCAUCUCCACCAUUUCCGAUGAUCGUGGCCAAGAACUUCUAUACGCUGGUAUGCCAAUCUCUGAGGUCUUUGCUGAGGAUAUCGGUAUUGGUGGUGUUAUGAGUUUGUUGUGGUUCCGACGACGUCUCCCGGCUUAUGCUUCUAAGUUCUUGGAAAUGGUUCUCAUGCUUACAGCUGAUCACGGUCCCGCUGUGUCCGGGGCCAUGAACACAAUUAUCACUACUCGUGCUGGCAAGGACCUGAUUUCGAGUUUGGUGGCUGGUCUGUUGACCAUUGGUGAGAGAUUUGGUGGUGCGCUUGAUGGUGCUGCCGUGGAAUUCACAAAUGCUGUUGACAAGGGUCUCUCGCCCAGGGAGUUCGUCGACACAAUGAGGAAGCAGAACAAGCUGAUCCCUGGUAUCGGUCACAAAGUCAAGUCCCGGAACAACCCCGAUCAGCGUGUUGAGCUCGUCAAAGAGUUCGUCCGCCGCAAUUUCCCAAGCUGCAAGAUGCUUGACUACGCUAUUGCCGUCGAGACCGUUACUACUUCCAAGAAGGAUAACUUGAUUCUGAACGUCGAUGGUUGUGUUGCUGUCUGCUUCGUAGAUCUGCUCAGGAACUGUGGUGCCUUCAGCGCUGAGGAGGCGGAGGACUACCUAAAGAUGGGUGUCUUGAACGGUCUCUUCGUUCUCGGCCGAAGCAUUGGUUUGAUUGCACAUCACUUGGAUCAGAAGCGACUGAGGACAGGAUUGUACCGUCAUCCAUGGGACGACAUCUCUUACAUGGGAUUCGGCACCGACGGUGUUGCACCUGGUGGUGCCAAUAGAGCUAUGGUUGAUGUUAAGAAAUAA